UGUCACUUCACCCUCGCGGCCCCGUCCAAGCCCCAGGCUGGCCACCGCCGAAGCUCCCGACGCCAUGGAGGAGUGGGAUGUGCCCCAGAUGAAGAAGGAGGUCGAGAGCCUCAAGUACCAGCUGGCCUUCAAGAGGGAGAUGUCUUCCCAGACCAUCCCCGAGCUUCUCAAGUGGAUCGAAGAUGGGAUCCCCAAGGACCCCUUCCUGAACCCUGACCUGAUGAAGAACAACCCAUGGGUGGAAAAGGGCAAGUGCGUCAUUCUGUGAGGCCCCAGGCUACCCUCUUUGUAAAGAGAU